UCCGCCCGAGGAAGAUUCUGCCCACGUUUCCCUCGAGCUAGUCUGCAGGCCCCUUCGGCUGGGACCCUCUCCCAGGAGCUGCCCAUCUGCAAACAGGGCAAUCAGGACGCCACGGCUCCGCCUGAAGCGAUGGCCCAGCCCUACCCCCCGGCCCAGUACCCCCCUCCGCCACAGAACGGCAUCCCCGCCGAGUACGCCCCGCCGCCACCGCACCCCACGCCGGACUACUCAGGCCAGACCCCGGUCCCCCCAGAGCACGGCAUGACCCUGUAUACACCAGCACAGACCCACCCGGAGCAGCCCGGCGGUGAGACCAGCACACAGCCCAUGGCAGGGGCCCAGACACAGACAGACGACGCGGCACAGACGGACAGCCAGCCGCUCCAUCCCUCCGACCCCACAGAGAAGCAGCAGCCCAAGCGGCUACACGUCUCCAACAUCCCCUUCCGGUUCAGGGACCCCGACCUGCGGCAAAUGUUCGGGCAAUUCGGAAAAAUUUUAGACGUGGAGAUCAUUUUUAACGAGCGGGGCUCCAAGGGUUUUGGGUUUGUAACUUUUGAAACUAGCUCAGAUGCUGACCGAGCCCGGGAGAAGCUGAAUGGGACGAUCGUAGAGGGACGGAAAAUUGAGGUCAAUAACGCCACGGCCCGAGUCAUGACCAACAAGAAGACUGCCAACCCCUAUACCAACGGCUGGAAGCUAAAUCCGGUGGUAGGGGCAGUCUAUGGACCCGAAUUCUAUGCGGUGACGGGGUUCCCCUACCCCACAACCGGCACAGCUGUUGCCUACAGGGGCGCGCACCUACGGGGCCGGGGCCGGGCUGUGUACAAUACGUUUCGGGCUGCGCCGCCCCCGCCCCCCAUCCCGACUUACGGAGCGGUCGUGUAUCAGGAUGGCUUUUAUGGUGCUGAGAUUUAUGGAGGCUAUGCCGCCUACAGAUACGCUCAGCCCGCAGCAGCCGCGGCCGCCUACAGCGACAGUUAUGGCAGAGUCUACGCAGCUGCUGACCCCUACCAUCACACCAUUGGCCCCGCGGCGACCUACAGCAUUGGAACCAUGUGAAAGCUUCCACCGUUUCCUUCUUGGACCAUGAAGGGCAAAAACAAAAAAAACACAAAAAAAUCACAAAACAAAAAACAAAACAAAAAAAGAUGUUCAGAUCCAAGCAGCAAAACAGCCAACCAAACCGAGAAGCACCCACCGCGUCCGAGUCCGCGAGCCCGCGAGCCAUCGCACCGCAGCGAGGGAGCAGGUCCGCGGCCCCCGGCGCCGGCAGCGCGCUGGCAGGAGGGAGGCGGGAGGGGAGGGACUCCGUUUUCUACCACGUCUUCCUUCCGGGCCCCACUCAAGGCAGCGUGGGCCAGUGGCGAGCGGCUGCAGGCCCAAGCAGGAAGAGUGGCCAGCAGGACUCGACCUUGGCUGCCGACUGUGCCGGCGGAGGGACGACUGGGCGGGCGCGGGGACGGGGGCUGCUUUUCAUCUCGGGGCUUCGGCUGUGCCCAGUCACCCUGUGUCUUGCGCUCUGGGCCCCGGCUACCCCUCCUGCCGCGCCGCCAACACCUGUGUCCUGCGAACCUGGGGAGGAGUUUGCAGCCACUGGAGGCUGUCCAACCAGCAGCCCUGGGGUCCGACCUCAACACCAAGGGCUGAUAUGUUUCCAGAACUACAGGGCACCCAGGCCCCCUCCCUCCACAUGAGGGGGCUCUGGCUGCCCGGCCAGGGGUGAGGGCCUUGAGGCCGAGGUCUUGUUCUGACUGGUCGUUUCUGGUUCCCUUUCUGGAGGAGGCCCUGGGCCUGGUCCAGGAGAGAGAAGGUCAGCCUCACGCUGCAGCUGGGAAGAGCCCUCUGGCCCCCGCCCUGCAGGGCCCAGUCCUGCAGAGAGGAACAGAGGGACGGGCCGGCACCUGGCUGCACGGCGAGGGUUCGGGUCACGGUGCUAUGGGUCUGGACGGCACGUCCAAGCAGGGAGAGCCAGGGGUGGGGGAAGGCCUGGGCGGUCCGCAGCCCCCUCCCCUGCUCCCGGCUCAGGUCCUAGACUCGCGGGGGCAACAGACAGCAGGCAGCAGGGAGGAGCCGCUGGCCAGGCAGGGAGAGCUGGAGUCGGGGGAGCAGCAAAAAACAACAAAAGAUGUAGGCUCCCAACAUGGCUCCACUGUCUCACAAAACUUUAAAAGGAAAAAAAAUACACCUCACUUUAUAUUCAGCAUCAGCUCCUGAAGCUACUGAGAUGAGGCUCCUUUUCUAUUCCCGUUGUACAUAGCCCCGCCCUGCCUCCGGCUUCGUCCUCUGUACAGGCCCCUCCACCCUCUGCUGUUCUCGACCCUUUUCUUGCAGCAGCUCCACCCCCGGCCCUGCGCCCUCCCACCCCUCUCAACCCCGGGACUGCAGCCAGGCCCCAGGCUUCCUUUCUUACCAUUCUGUAUGCUUCCAAGGUGUGACCAUUCAA